UCGGGUCAUCAAAAAUGGCCGAAGUACCGAUCGAGAGUGAAUUCCCUGUUUGGGGAUUAUUACCGAAAAAAGAAACAGGAGUAGUGUCUUUUUUAAAUAAAUAUCCCGAGUAUGAUGGCAGGGGUACUAUAAUAGCUAUUCUAGAUUCUGGUGUGGAUCCUGCGGCCGCCGGCCUUAAGGUAACGUCGACAGGCGAAAUAAAGGUUAUAGAUAGAUUUGAUUGCAGUGGAUGUGGAGAUGUCGAUACUAGUACUAUUAUCAAGAAAGUUGUCGAUGGCCACAUUACCGGUAUUACAGGAAGGAAACUUAAAAUUCCAGAGACAUGGAAGAAUCCAACCGGGACUUGGAGAACAGGAGUAUUAUAUCCUUUCAGUAUUUACCCCACAAAGCUAAAAGAGCGUGUGCAGGAACAUAGGAAGGAGCACCUGUGGGAUGUGGGACAUAAGAAAGCAUUCGCUGAGGCUAAUGCAAAACUACACGAGUUUGAAACUGAUGUUGCUGCUAAAAAUCCUAAUUUGAGUGCUGAUGAGAAACUUCUCAAAGAAGAGUUGGAGGCACGAGUAGAAGUGUUGCAAGCAGCAGAGAAGAAAUACACAGAUGUUGGCCCCACAUAUGACUGUGUCUUAUUUCAUGAUGGUGAAAUUUGGAGGGCCUGUAUCGACACAACAGAGAGUGGGGAGCUGUCGGAAGGUUUAUUACUGGGAGAGUACAGCGUGACACACGAGCACGCACACCUCACCUCCCUCGACGAGAUGACCGUCAGCAUCAACGUGCACGAUGAUGGCGACGUGUUGGAAGUGGUCGGAAUGUGCUCAACGCACGGCACACACGUGGCGGCGAUAGCGGCUGGCUACUUCCCCGAAGAGACGGAGCGCAAUGGUGUGGCGCCUGGUGCUCAGAUAGUCUCCCUGACCAUCGGCGAUGGCCGCCUCGGCUCCAUGGAGACAGGCACCGCCCUCGUGCGCGCCUGUCUCAAGAUCAUGGACCUCACCAACACCAAGAAGAUCGACGUCAUCAACAUGAGCUAUGGGGAACAUGCCCACUGGUCAAACUCCGGUCGUGUGGGCGAGGUGAUAAGUUCAGUGGUGAACCGGUACGGUGUGUCGUGGGUGGUGUCUGCCGGCAACCACGGACCCGCGCUCUGCACCGUCGGUACUCCACCAGACAUCGCGCACCCCGUACUCAUAGGUGUGGGCGCGUACGUAUCUGCGGAGAUGAUGAGCGCGGCGUACUCGAUGCGCGCGGCGAGCACUGCGGGCGCGUUCAGCUGGAGCUCGCGCGGGCCGUGCGCUGACGGCGCCCCCGGAGUCUCCGUGUGCGCCCCCGGCGGCGCCGUCGCCUCCGUCGCCAGGUUCACUCUGCGCAAUUGUCAACUAAUGAAUGGCACGUCGAUGGCAGCUCCUCAUGUUGCCGGUGCUGUUGCGGCGCUAAUAUCGGGUCUGCGUGCGCGUGCGCUGCCACACUCACCGUACAGCAUGAAGCGCGCGCUGGAGAACUCCGCCACGUACCUCGCACACGUGGAGCCCUGGGCGCAGGGCUGCGGUCUGCUUAAUAUUGAAAGGGCGUUCGAGAUACUAACUAAAUACCACAGCGAGGUGGAGCGAGAUGUUACAUUCAGCUUGCAAUGUGGGCCACACAAUGGCAAGGGCAUCUUGCUGCGUCCUCGUCCCGCAGACCCACCACAAGACAUCGGUGUCACAGUGGAGCCUCACUUCCUGCUCGACCACACAGACCUGCACAACAAGUCGGUCAUUCCCAAGCAGAUCGCGUUCGGCGUGCGGCUGGCGCUGACCUGCGCCGCGACCUGGGUCUCUGCGCCCGCGCAUCUCGACCUCAUGAACGCCGCGCGCACGCUCGCCCUGCGCCUGCGCACCGCGCACCUGCCGCCCGGCGCGCACCACGCCAGUAUAAACGCGUACGACGUAUCGUGUGUGGAGAAGGGGCCGGUGUUCCGCGUCAACAUCACAGUGCUGCAGCCGCAGCCGCUGCCGCUGGACGCGCCCGCCAGCCCGCGCUUCGCCGAGCGCGACGUGCUCUUCAAACCCGCCACUAUAAAGCGACACUUCGUUAUAGCGCCGGCGGACGCGACGUGGGCGGUGCUGCGGCUGAGCACGGCGGAGCGCGAGCGCUCGGGCCGGUUCCUGGUGCACACGAUGCAGCUGCUGCCCCAGCGCAGCUGUCGCUCGCACGAGACGCACAAGCUGCUCAACGUCACCGCGGAGGCGCCCACCUACCUGCCCUUCCAAGUUGUGGGCGGUGUGACGCUGGAGGUGGCGAUAGCGAAGUACUGGGCGAACAUCGGCGACCUGGUGGUGGACUACAGCGUGGAGUUCCACGGGCUGAGGCCGGACUUCGGGUCGCAGCUGUGGCUGGGCGGAGCGCAGGCCCCCGCCCCCGUGCUGCUCUCAGCGCUGCGCCUGCAGGAGGUGCAGCCCGUAGCCCAGCUCAAGCACACGGAGCCGGUCUACAGACCGGCGGAGAGCAAGCUGGCGCCGCUGAGUGCGCGUGACGUCAUCCCGCCAGGCAGACAGAUAUACCAGCUCAUCAACACAUACAACUUUCACAUAGCCAAGGCCACAGAGGUGUCACCUAUAGUGUCGUUGUUGUGCGACACAUUGUACGAGUCUGAGUACGAGUCUCAGAUGUGGAUGUUGUACAACAGCUGCAAGCAGCUGAUGGCCGUCGGCGACGCUUACCCGUCCAAGUAUUCUGUGAAGCUGGAGAAGGGCGAGUACGUCCUGAGGCUGGGAGUGCGACACGAGAGCCGCGCGCUGCUGGAGCGGCUGCAGGAGUUGCCCGUCGUCAUCCAGCAGCGUCUGCCGCAGCCCAUCACCCUCGAUGUCUACUGCUCGCACUCGCAGGCGGUGACAGGUGGCAAGAAGUUCACCAGUGCGCAGCUGCACAGUGGUCAUCUCCUGCCUAUAUACAUUGCCCCCGUGCCCGCUGACAAAGUGAGCAGGUCGACUAUAUCGGUGGGUCAGACGUUGUCGGGCACGGUGACGUUCGCGAAGGACGAGUUCGGACGUCGCGUGGACGUGUACCUCGUGCGAGCCGCGCCCUGCGAGCCGCCGCGCCGCACGCCCGCGCCGCACGCCACGCACGCCACGCACGCCACACACGCCACGCACGCCACGCCUCGCCGACACGACGAGUAUGCGGACGCGCACCGCGACCUCGCCGCCACCUGGCUCGCCAAGCUAGAGGGUGACAAGCUGGAGCAGUUGUACGAGGAGAUGCUGGAGAAGUAUCCCGGCUACCUGGGCACGCAUGUCGCAUACCUCAACAGUGUCGACUCGCCCACUGACCCUAAGAAAUUGCCACACGCGGCGGAGGAGCCCGAUGUGACGACAGCCUGGUGCGAGCAGCUCAUCACCAUUGCUGACAAGGUGAUAAAACAGAUCGACCAGGACAAGCUGCUGGCUUACCUCGGCAUGAAGAAUGACACACGCGCAGAUGCCACCAAGAUUAAACAGGAGCAGGAGCGGCUGCGCGGGUGGGCGGUGGAGGCGCUGUGCCGGCGCGGGGCGGCGCUGUGCCGGCUGCACGCGCUGGCGCAGGGCGGCGCAGCACGAGACAAGAUAGAAGACGCGCUCCACAACAACCUCGCCGACCUGCUGCGUCUCGCGGACCUCACAGACACCAAGGUGCAGCACUACGGCGUGUGGCACUGCUUCACGCUGAAGCACUGGGGGCGCGCCAUCAAGCUGCUGAACAAGAUCCUGGAGGAGAGGCCGUCGCGCGAGGUGGAGGAGCGGCUGCUGGGCGCGUACCGGCAGCUGGGCUGGCACCACCUCGCCCUCGCCGCACUGCGCGCCCUCCCCGCCAAGUACCCCCCACACUACCGCCCCUUCUGAGGCACGCCCCCCCGCGCCCGCAGGCACGCCCCCAGACACGCCCCCAGACACGCCCCCAGGCACGCCCGCAGCUGCCCGCUUCACACUAUAUGUAUUACAUUUUAAAUUCUCUCUUUGCUGGUAUUAUUUUUUUUUACAUCAUAAACUUAUGUAUUUCAUUUAUCUUAACUUAUGUACAAUCAAUUUUUAAUUUGUAAGAACUUGCUUUACACGUACUGUCACUUCAUAAGGCUUUUCUUUAUUUACGAUAAAGUCAUGUUUACUUAGAUAGACCUAGAUCAUAGAUUUAUAUGAUGUUAACAAAUUUUAUAGUAUAACACCAACAAAUAGAAACCAAUAUAAAAUUAUUGCCACAGUCAAUUUGAACUUUAUAGCAAACGGUUUACAGUUGAAAUUUGUUUGUGUAUACAAAUGUUUUGUAUGUAUUACUUAUUUUUGAUCAUUUAUUGCGUCAAUAGAAAAUAUUUAUCAAUGAAUUCAAGUAUUAGAAGUAGAUAAUAAAAUCCAUAUGUCGAUAGUUGUGAUAACUAAGUAGGUAGGUCAAUCACAUAGGUAAAUAGUAUGGAGGAAAUUGAACAUUAUAUAAAUCUUAUAUAGUAAUUUUUAUACACUAUUGUAUGGAAUAAUUUAAAAUGGAGAAAUACAUGAGGUUUGUCAUUUAAUCAAUUUUAAAAUGAAGGCAUUUUAUUCAUAUGUAAUAUUGUGUUGCUAGCAUCGGUGGCUCAGGGGUUAAACAUUUGACUUGCAAUCUACAGGUCCUCGGUUCGAAUUUUGACAUGCACAAAGUGUUUUUUGAUUUAAAUAUGUACAUUUAUCCGACGUUCUUACGUGAUGCUGCACAUAUCUGAGAAGAAAUUCAAAGAUAUAUGUGAAGUCAACCCGAACUGGACCAGACCAGUCAUUUCUGACUUGUUGAAGAUUCAGAGCCUCUCAACGGGGAAGUAUAGUGAGCUGAUGAUGUAUAUUGUGUUCAAUUCUCUCCAUUGUUCAACUCCAUUUGUACAAGUAGAUGCAUCACAUAAACGCUGCAAAGUACACUCUACAAUUGUUGUUAUAUUUCUCAUAAUAUCCCUCUUUUCAAUUUGUACAAUAUUUUUUACUGUGUA